GGCCGCGCGGCUGUCUAGGAAACUGCGACCAGCGGGGGCCGCGUGUGGGCAGUCACCCCCCCGGCGAAGGGCAAGCGAGCCUCGUGACGCGGGUGACGCGGGGCAGGAGCCCGAAGCGGAGGCUGGCGGGUGCGGCCGAGGGUGGACGGGCGCCUGCGGUCCCGCGGUCCCGCCCUGGCUUUGGUUCCUACCUGAGCAGAAAAGGUGGCUCAUCUGCCCUCCUUCCACUAUGUAGCCUAGAAGAACGAAGAAGAGCAGGGGCCAGCGGGUGUGGCAGGUUUACACUUAGCUUCUUCCCUGAUGCCUUGGAACUCUGGCAGAACUCAUGCUUGGCACCCACAGUCACUGGGUUGCCCCAGCCCUUACAUACAACUUUUCAGAAAUUCUCAAAGUGUUUUCCAAAGUGCUGAUUUUCAACUUUAAUUCUUCCAUCAAGAAUGAAACUAUUUAAAAAUUAAGAUGCCAACAGAUCACGAGCAGCCCUGUGGUCCCAGGCACAGGUCAUUUUGCCUCAAUGGGGGGAUUUGUUAUGUGAUCCCUACUAUCCCCAGCCCAUUCUGUAGGUGCAUUGAAAAUUAUACCGGAGCUCGUUGUGAAGAGGUUUUUCUCCCAAGCUCCAGCAUCCAGAGCAAAAGUAACCUGUCGGCAGCUUUCUUGGUGCUGGCGGUCCUCGUCACUCUUACCAUCGCUGCGCUCUGCUUCCUGUGCAGGAAGGGCCACCUUCAGAGGGCCAGUUCAGUCCAGUGUGAUAUCAGCCUGGUAGAGACAAGCAAUACCAGUACCCACCACAGCCACAGAGAACACUGAAGACAUCCCCCAGGGAAGGGCAUUAUUACCAACAAAGGCGGACUGUGGACCAUAGGACGAGAGAAGUCCCAGGAUUUCACUCUUGAUGCUCUACUGUUUGACUGUUCAUCGCUCACAUAUAGAAAUGCUGCUGGUUUCCUGUGUUGACCUUGCACCUUGCUACUGAACACCACCACAAGGACCAGAGCUCUAAAAUAUAUCAACGGGUAAUGCUGAAGGAGCCCGAUUCUGACAUUCUUAAAAAACAACAAAUCCAAGUUUAGUUCUUUGCCUGCCAGCAGAAUUGUUUAGUGAGCAUCUUGGCAACAGCGGAAUGGAAUGAACUGGUGUAUUAGCAAUUCCUUUUCUUUUGAGACAGGGCAUCACUGACCUGGAAGUCAGCAGGGUAGAUAAGGUUGGCCCUGAAUUCAAGAGACUCACUUGGUUUUGCCUACUCAGAGUUACUGGAAUUAAAGGCAUAAACAACACUAUACUCUGCUUGAUUCCUCUAAUUUCCUUUUAAAAACCUAAAAGUAAUGAGGACCUGAAAUCAAAUAUUUCUAUUCACCCACGGGGGAAGAGCAAAGUACUCAGGCUUACUUCUCACAAGUCAGUGACGACAAGUUGUCCACCUGGCCUCCAGCCAAGAUGAUAUUC